GCUUAUUUAUGACCCCCGAGGAGAGAGCAGGGAGGAGAUAUUUGUCUUGAGGAGCAACUGUGAACACUCUUUCUCAGGUGCCACAACACCUGAUGCUAAUUUUGGAAUUACCACGUACAGUGCAAUGGCACAAAACAGGUGAAGGAAGAGAGUGAAGAGGUUUUAUGCUGGUACCUGCCCUCUGCUGUCAUAGCCAGCUAGAGAGACACCUCUGCAGAUACCAGUGACCUGGAGUAAUCUGGUCCUCAGUUAGGGGACAUUGGCAUUUGCAUCAUAGGUCAUCAUUUGAACAUCAAAAGACUGGAUUAAGAAAUAAGAACACAAUCAACAAACCUGUAUUCAUCCAGCUUGGUGAGAGAGGUGAACUUGAACCUUUGUGGGCCACACUGGGUCUUUUCAUGACUGGACCUUGUUAGGUGAGUUGGUGAAAUCUGGAGGCGGGACCACUUCCCAUGGAUCCCAACAUACCGGGGUCUUUCCUGUUUAACAACAGCCUGAACCAAUUCUCCUCGGACUUAAAGACACCUGUGUGUCAGUUCUCAGUGCCCAACUCCUUCUGCAAGCUCAACCCAGGCCUGAACAGCCAGCUGCAGGCAGCGGGCACAGCCCAAGGCAUUAGCAACAUUCUCAGCCGUUCCAUGAUGGGCGCUACAGGCACCACCACCCUGCUCUCUGGAUACCCCACCAUGGGGGGCUUUGGCACUGUGGACCCAGGGGUCUACUACAGCUGUGCAGACUAUAACCCCUCCCUGGGCAGCUUCACCAAGCCUGGCACUGAGUGCCCCAUGAAGGGUCGCAGUGGCAGUUGCUGGGCAGAGAGCGGGUGCGAGUGGAGAGGAGGGAGGCAGCAGUGCACAGACAACAGUGGGCAUCUAGGAGAUAUGUCAGGCAGGAAGAAGCACACCAGACCUACAUUCAGUGGACAUCAGAUAUUUGCCCUGGAGAAAACCUUUGAGCAGACCAAGUACUUGGCCGGGCCAGAGAGAGCUAGACUGGCCUACUCCCUGGGCAUGACAGAGUCACAAGUCAAGGUGUGGUUCCAGAACCGACGCACCAAGUGGAGGAAGAAGAGUGCCUCAGAGCCUAGCUCCACCCAGGCCACACAGGGUGAGCAUGGAGGGGAGAUUUCGGAGAACGAGGUGGAGGAUGAGGAGUACAACAAGCCUCUGGACCCUGACUCAGACGACGAGAAGAUACGACUGCUGCUGCGUAAACACCGCCGGGCUUUCUCUGUACUCCACCUUGGACCACACCACGUCUGACACACUAACACAAGCGCACACACAAAUCAGAUGUGCAUGUUCUAGCAAGGGGUAUCAUGAAACAAAUCAUUUUGUAGUAUAGACCCACAAUUUAAUAUUCAAGCAUGUUAAAAAAGACACAUUUACAAUAGAGUAAGUUUAAGGAGAAAAAGGGGUAAUAGUUCACUUGAACUGUUGCCUUGACGUACAGUACUGUAUAAUGAAAACAGAGAGAUGUUACAUCUGUAAUGAUUGGUGAAACAGUUCAAUUGAGAAUUGAACAUAUCAAUGAGUUGCAAUGUGGAAACUGGUUUACUGUUAUGUGGGAAAUCCAUCAUGAUAAUCUGUUCUGAUGGUUGUAUCAAACGUGAAAGGAAAUUGCUUCUAAUGUAUAAAGACACAUUAUAGGAGACAAACUGUAUAGAUGAUUUGUAAGGCAUUGAUAAUGCAGUACUUCUUUUAUUUGUACAGAACAAACACAAACACUAUUUUGUUUUAUCAAAUGAAUUUGCUUGUUGUACUCCUAACAUUCAAUGUCCAUUUGAAUUUGUUCACAGUCAACUGCUGUACAGUAACUAUGAACACAGAAUACUUAUAUAAUUAACCUUUAUUCAUUUAACUUGAGAGCCUGGCAAUGCUUUUUUCAUACUGGCGUUGAGGGCACACAUAACUCAAAAUAAGUCUUAACAUUCUAUUUCGACUAAUGUGUUGGCAAGCUUUCAUGACAUUUGAGGGUUUCUGCGCAUCCAAAAUAAGUCCCAUAAGUAUAGUGUAAAUAAAUAAUGAAAUUUGGAAUUGUAAAAUAAAUGGCGAAUUAUUUAUUGAAAACAAUGGUAUAAAAGGAUUGUGUCAUGCCUCGGUUUUUCUGUAAUUGUUUUCAGAUAAAAGACAACAAUCUCAAAACAAACGACUAAUAGCACACUGGAUCUGACAUUAAAACAGGCACUGAAGUCUAUAUUAGCAAUAGAGAUUACAAGUGACAAUUAAGACAGAUCGGCAGUAGGGAGGCACAAUCAUUGAGUAGAAGAGAGGGGUCAAAGGCCAAUCCCACUGUGAUCUAUAUAGUUACCAGGGUGCUGUGACUGAACUGGCUGAAGUGUUCUGUGUUGAAGACCAAUAAAUCAGACUCAUCAGCAAUGAUGAAACAAUGA